GAGCACCACCUUCCUAUACAUAUAUGCCACUAAACUUCCUCUUCUCCUUCACACCAAAAACAAACUCAAUAGUCUUCUUUUCUUUAAUUUCCCUCUCGACUCUCACUAAGUUAACUCACAAAAGAGAAGAGAAACAAGCAUGAGAACGAUGGUCGAUUUAGGAAAGCAUCAUCAUCACAUGCAACUCAUAACCACUCCAACCACCGUGGACUGCGCUCGUGAAUUACGUCACCGACGAACUCUCCGCUCACUCAUCGAAUGCAUACUCCCAUACUGUUGCACUUACCAACAACCUUCCCCUUCGUGCCAAAACGACACUGUUUCGGUCUCUUCAUCUUCUUCCUCCUCUUCCUCCUCAGACCACUCCUCCUCCUCCUCUUCUUCAUCCUCUUCUUCCCGUAGUAACAGCAUCAUAAGUGGAACUUUCUUCGGGCACCGUCGUGGAAGAGUCAGUUUCUGCCUUCAAGACACCGCCGUGGGAUCUCCUCCGCUUCUCCUCCUAGAACUAGCUGUUCCCACGGCGAAGUUAGCCAAGGAGAUGGAUCAAGCAGGUGUUCUACGCAUAGCCCUCGAGUGUGACCGUCGUCGAAGCAGCAACAGUGGCCCUUCGUCGAUCUUUGAUGUUCCGGUGUGGUCGAUGUAUUGCAACGGAAGGAAAAUGGGGUCUGCUGUGAGGAGGAAGGUGACGGAGAACGACGCUGUUUUCUUGAGGAUGAUGCAGUCUGUUUCAGUCGGAGCUGGAGUUGUGCCGGUGGAUAAAGAGGAGCAGACGCUGUACUUGAGAGCGAGGUUCGAACGAGUCACUGGGUCGAGUGACUCGGAAUCGUUUCAUAUGAUGAAUCCUGGAGGUAGUUAUGGACAGGAGCUUAGUAUAUUUCUUUUGAGAUCGUGAAAAUAUUCAUGAGUAUGUUGUAGUUACAAAUUAAUAAGAUUAUUGCCAUUUUCGUGUUUCA